CUGUCGUCGAACGUGGACGACGAUGAACACCAGUCUUCUAAGCGAUCUUUUCGGGUAUACGUCCAUCGGUUGUUGGCUCUUUGCCCAAUUUCCACAGGUACUUGAGAAUAUUAGAAGACAGUCUUGUGAAGGCCUUGCCCUGCCCUUUCUUUUCAAUUGGCUGCUUGGGGACAUAACAAACCUAAUAGGAUGUAUACUAACGCACCAACUUCCCUUCCAAACGGUGCUUGCCACGUACUUCGUAAUGGUCGACAUGAUGCUCUUCAGUCAAUACUUCUAUUAUAGCCCGCCGAAAGUGAAGGAAAUCUUGUCAAGCAUACCUGAAGAGUCUCCGGUACGGCGAUUGAGCACUCAUGGACGAAGAUGUUCCACAGAGCACGAUCAUCAUUAUCGGGAGUUAUCAAACGCAGCUGCGAAUGUAGCGAUAGCUGCUGCACUUGCUGUUUCAGAGGAAGAGUUGCUUCACCCGGUACAGCAAAAGCAAGGCUCAACGAGUACAGUUCAUCGGCGACCAAGCACGAUGUAUAGCGAGGCCGAGGAAGCGGAAGACGAAGUGGACGACGCAGCUCUCGCUGCACUUGCAGAUAGUUUCCACUCCGAGGGUGGGAGGAAACGUAUCUCGUGGAGCCGGGAACGAUAUUCAUCAGCUGGACGUGGCGGGAGUACGAGUCGGACACGACCGAGUGGACCUCCUAAUGUAUCCCCACUCACCCCGUUACAUACCUCGUUGACUUCUGGCCCCACUGAUGGUGCAACUGGGCCCGGAAGUAUGCGCGGAAGGCCUUUGCAAAGACAGAUCGUAGACUCUCCUAUUGACGUUCGUGACCUAGAUAGGAUAGAAAGCGUGGUAGGCCGUCAAGCAUCAAGGAGCGUUAUUAAAGGUCGUCGAAAUUCCCGUGCAAGUCAACGAAGUGUGGGUCUUGUCUUCCUUGGUGUUUGGGCUUUGUUUGGUAUUGGGACGUUUUCGCGUACGACUAGAUCCAUUUCGACUCCAGUGCAGGGUACUGUGCUUUCUGAGGUUCCGCAGUCAGUACCCCUGUAUGAUGUUGCAGAUACCGACCAGCCAAUACCACACAUACCCUCUGGAGGACCAAAUGCUAUCAAACUGGUAUUUGAACAAAGUAGAGGGGAAGAUCCAAGAGAACCAUCUUCAGAGCGGAUAAUAGGUCGGAUAUUCGCGUGGGCAUGCACGACUUUAUACCUUACGUCUCGGUUACCACAAAUAUGGAAGAACUUCGUCCGUAAGUCCGUGGAAGGCCUCUCGAUGUACCUUUUCGUCUUUGCCUUUCUCGGGAAUACGUUCUACGUUAUGUCUAUAUUGUCAUCUCCCAACCUAUCUCGUCCGCAACCUGCUGCAACCGCCUUUCUCUUAGAAAGCAUGCCUUACCUAUUAGGGUCCGGUGGCACACUCCUUUUCGACGUCACCAUCGUUUCACAAUCCUUCCUUUACCGUCAUCCACCAAGUCACACGCAUACCUACUCACAUCGACAUUCUUCUUCCUAUUCCUAUUCCCACUCUCAUCCCCAUCGAACGCAAUCAACACCUCAUGCAACUCUUCCGCAUCAACGAACUCGGUCUUCGUAUUCUCGUUCUCGGACGGAGUCGUAUAAUCAGAUACAUAAGAACUCGUCGUUGUAUGGGAGUACUGGUAUCUUGGCUGUCCCAGAGGAAGAGAGGAGUCUCUUACGAUCGACUGAGGGGGAGCAUGACUUAGAGAGUGGAGCUAAUGAUUGGACAUUGCGACAGCAGCAACUCGAACAGGGUGGACAGAGUGGCACUCGAAGGAGGAAAGAUGCGAGCGAGGGCGGGGAUAGCGAAGAGACUGUUUCUUGAAAUUACUGUAGUAAUAAUGUGUGAGGUGGAGGGGUUGGGCGAGUUUGUAUUUGUCGGAGUUAGGGUAAUGGACCGAGUUGUGUAUAGACGUCGAGUGGACGAGUGUGUAUUUCUUGCUAUUUCUUGCUAUCGUAUUGUAUUU